GGCGUGUUCCAAAAUACGGGUCACCAAUUGUGGUCGGAUUGGGAUUACCGAUUGUAGCGUGGCGUCGAGUUGAGAUUAACUAUGAACACCGCUACAAAGAAACACGUGCCAGAUAAAUCAGAAGGCGUAAGAAGCUCGUUCCAAAUGACUCCAUAAAAUCCCCGAGAAGCCAAAUAUCAGAAGGCAAUUAAUGGACCAAGUCGAUGUUUAUUUGCUGGCGAUCUCGUGGCAUCGAAAGGAUACCGAGAUCGCGCCAGGAUACAACCUUGGUUACAGAAGGUAACCGAAUUCGCGCGAAGUUACAAUCGAAGUGUGUAUAUAAGAAUGGAAGCCCAAAAUAGCGAUCAUUAGCACAGUCAAACAAAAGCACAUUAAAACAAACACUGGUACAGUUGGUUAUAAUAAUAAUUGUUUUUAUUAAACCAGUCGUGUUCUCGUGAUAAACGUGAGUCACUACAACUUAAUGGUAAACAAAGGUGUUCAUCAGAUAGUUCCGUUACAAGUUUGUGGUCUUUGUAUAAUUUUUUGUCAUCAAUAAAUAUGUUCCCUCUCGAUUCAGGAAGUUUAAGUUUAUUUUGGAGGAGUAUGGUGAGUGCAGAUGAGUUAUUAUUAAGUUCGACUGUACGUUUUUCCUGUGUGAUUGCUUUUCGUGUACUUAUUACCUCUGUUCGGAAAAAUAUUUCUGUCACCGUUACUGAAGAGGAGAAGUCAUUAAAGCCGUGGAAUCGAGUACAAUGCUUUUGAAGAAGUCUUCGUGUGCCGACCUGUAUAUACAGAUCUUUAGAGAACGUAAGUCUCCAGUAUUCUAAAGGUGAGAUCUUGGUGAUGAUACUUCUGAUGUUAAGAAGAAAUACAUUGGUUAGUAUGUCCGUAUUGUUUGCAGUAAAGAAAGUUCCCCAAUCAAUACUUCUUAGGUAAUUGUGUAAGUCGUUCUAAUCAACCUUGCGAUAGUUUCUAUGAAGUGUUACGGUUUUACGUCUACUGGUUGUGGUUUUUAUAUUAGGCCCACAUAUGACAAUGUUGUGAUUACUACCUGAAAAUGUUUAUCCAAUAUACACAGUAUUGCGAUGAGGCCACUGGUAAAGACUAAGUUCAAGAUAUUUUGAUGGCUGGUGGGGCUACUGACAUACUGAGUCCACUGUCCGAGCUCUGGACAUUGAAUAAAUGAUUCAUAACGUUUCGGCGUCUUGAUUGGGAACCAAGAAAUUAUAGGCAUGUUGAAGUCAAUACAAAUAAGCUUGCCUGUGAAUGGGAAGGAUGAUAACAGUGUGAAUACCUCCGAUAAUACUGCUAUUUCACCUAUUGAUGAGUUGGGUUGACGGUAGACACUGCCGAACAGUAGGGUUACGGAAUUCGAUGGCUUUAAACAAUUCACACCGAAUCCUUUAGUUUGUUUAGCUCAGGCACAUUACAUGAUAUAGAGUUUAGGCUAGGGUGAGCAUAAAUAAGGCAUCCUCCGCCUCGUCCUUUCAUUCCAUCACUUUUGUAUUGAAAAUAGUUAUCAAGAGAUAUACUUAGGUCGGAAAUAUUACUGUUAGUCCAUGCUUCGGAUAUCAUUAUAAGUGAUGGUUGAUAUAAGGAUAAAACAGGGCUAAAUACGUCUUUUUAUUGCAGAUCGACCUAGCGUUGAUAAGACAUAUAUUAAACAAAUGGCCUAAUAAUUCAAAAUUAGUGAGAGUAUUUCGAUUAAAGUUUUCGUAACCCUCGCGGUUGCGAUAUGAGUUUAAAAUGUGUGAUUGGAUAUUCUUCAGAAGCUCAGAAUUUUUAUGGCUAGAGUUAGUGGGAGGUGUAUCAAAUAAGCUAGUGAAGUUUAUUGGGAAGUCUACCUAGGCGGAAAGGGUGGGAGUAAAUCUGAUGGAAACGGUAGGGGAAAGCAAGUUUAUGUUCCGUAUAUGGUUUGAAAUGACAUGGGCUUCAACAAAGCAGUCACAAAAGGUCGUACUCCAAAACAAUUUUGUACAGGCCGACUGUAAAGUGUACGGUUAUUUGCAAAAUAGUCUUGAUGGUUAAGCUCGUAGCCUCUUUUUAUAGCUGUUUACGUUAGUGUGGGCGUGAAGAGGAUCUGCUGCACGUAACUGGAAGGAGUUAUGAAUGUUACUACACAUGUAAUCCGUUUUUAUAUGAUCAGUUGGUACUAAAGGGUGUGGAGAGUUUUAUUUUUUAGAGUGUACGUAGGGUGUGAUGUGAGAAGCCUAUUAUUACCAUUCUGAUUAAUGGUUUUAGGCUUUAGUGGGUGAGUGGAGUGAUCAGUAUUCUGGUAGUUUUUGUUAGUCUAUGUGUAAAAAGCCUUGUCACGCUCAAGCCUACUCCCCGUUUUGCGACUUAGUGGCGUUGACGGUAAGCUAUGUGUUAUCAGCGGGGAGAACCUGUUCACUGUUGUUGAGAUACCUAUAGAGUUCAAUCUUACGUAUUCCCCUAUUCGGUAUCGUGAGUCUUCUCACCCUUUUUUGUCAGGGCCGGAGAGUUUCGUUGUCUUUAUGGGAUGAAUUUAGAUUCAUUCGAGUCAACUUGUGGAAUGUCUUUAGGAGGAAUAAUUUUCAAGUGUAUAAGUUUAGUUGGAAGUGCGUUGUCAAUGGGCUGACAAUUUAUUACUUUAAUGAGCAAACAGCCGAGAUUAGACAUGUCAUUAUGCAUUUUGGUGACAGUUGGAAUCCGUAUCUUAUUCAAAGGGUUCUGAUCAGCAGACUCAUCUAGAUCUACAGAGUGAUACCAUGCUUAUUGUACAUGUGCUUUAAUCUAUUUACUGUGCUGCAAACCGUCUGUAGCUUUUUUUGCUGUAACACUGCCAUGUAAUCCUAUCGCUUAACGUCUUCUUACACGGCGUUAGGUCUGGAGUAACUUUUAUGUUUUCGUAUGGAAUUAUUAAGCUAAUAUUUUUGCUCGGAUCAAUAAACUGGUUUGUUUUUAAGUGUUAACCGGAUUAAUACAAGAAUCAGAGACUAUGAGUAUAUGGUAUAUUUCAGAUUUAUUUCAGACUUAAGUCCGUAAUAAGAAUAAUAUUGACUGGUAAGUGUCCGUCGAAAAUUUUUUCCAGGGUAAAAUGUACCCGAUAUACAAGGCAGGAUGAAAGUCUCCGUAUAAUACACCCUGCAAAAUAAACGAUUCGAAAAAUUUCUAAACCACUUGAAAAACAACUACUACGUAAGAUACUCAAUGUCCAUUGGCCGGAUACAGAAGAACGAAAGAAAAAAUAUCCAGAAAUACGAAAAAUAUCUCACUAUAUGUAAAAAUAAAAAUGAAAAAUGAUGUACAACAUUGCAAAAAGAAAAUCCUGGAUUGUUAUAUGUUGUAACAAAUAAUCACGGGCUAACCACUAAAGAUGCUACAAGUAAUAAAAGUUUGAAAACGCUUUUUCCAGUAACACCUUAAUAGUAAAAGUAUGCCAACCUACUCAAAUCAGAAGGCAGAAAUGAAGGGGGUCGAAGAUAUGUAUGAGAGGCUAUAGGUAUAUAGAGAAGCGCUUGGUCUAAGCUGGCUAGUAGUUGCACGGGAUGCGUAGCAGGGUUUACCCACCCGUGAUCCGAUGCGAAUACAUGUCCGAGAAACACCAGCUAGGGUGUGUCCAGUAAAACUAACGUGGUCGUCAUCAUGUCGAAGACGUAUGGAUCUACUUAUUUUGGGGAUUUAUUUAAUGCUACAGUAUUUGAUUCCACAUAUUUAUAAAGUGUAAAAAUUAAUUUUUAAAUUGUUGAAAUAUAUCUAUAUAUAGGUAGAAGCACUCGGAGCAGGUGACUUUAAUGCCCAGGUAGGUAGCUUAAACCAGACAGAAAGAUAUUUAAGUGGGUAUUUCAGUAUCCCAGUUUAGUGAGGAGAUAAAAGUUACCAUCUACUGCAAUUGUGUUCAGACAAUUGUUUAUUCUUAUCAAGCACUAAUUUUAAACAUAAAGGGAGACAUCGUGUAACAUGACGACCGCCUGCAUCAAACCAAUCAUGAACUCAAAUUAACCAUAUUGCCAUCGGUCAUCGUUGAAGAGGGUCGAUAGAAUAACGUCGCUCGUUCUGGAAUACCUGCUUGGACUCCAAUCGUGCUCUAACACGAACACGCGUUUCCUUGCGACUCACCGGACGCGGAAAAGUCACAUUAAAAAGAUAUAUCAGAGUUGAACUCAGUGACAAGGAAACCAAAAGUAGAUUCUAGGAACAACUGAGGUCACACUUAGGUAGUUCUGAGAACGAGGCUGACCCAGAUUUUGCUUGGAAAUAUAUAUGAACAGCUGUGAAAACAGCAGCGUAAUCUUUUAAUGAUCAUAACUAAAGGGUUUCGAAGUCUAUGGGAUUCUAUUAGGUUUAUUGCACUGAUGGAUUCUCAUACAGUCAUCGCAUUAGGGUCUGAACACGGUUUUUGGAACGGGAAGUUUAGUCCUAACGUGAUUUGUAUUUAUCAAACUUUUGCUGUGUUCUUACGCAACAAAAGUACCAUUUCAGUUCUAAAGAAUCUAUCCUGAGCUAUACGUUCGGUAGAUUACUUUUUUUAGUUUCACCAUAUUUAAUAGUUACCUGUGGUUUUGCCUCAGCUUACUAUUCGUUUUUUGUUUUUCACGUAUAGACUAGUUUCAGUUUAUAUCACUCGUUUUAUCCAUUUUUGUCCGUUUUCAGUGUGCUUUUUGGUGUUUUUUAAAGGUCUUAGGCUUUGCAAGCAUCUAUAACAUAGUUUGCUUCAACAUAGUCAUGAAAAACUCAUGCAAACGUCCAGGAUGCCGUUUUGCUGUUACAACUGGCAUGCAGUGCGACAACUGCAAAGGUUGGUUCCACGAAGCAUGCACAGAUCUGACAGCAACUGCUUACAACAGACUCAGCAAGUCAGACCAAAAGUGGGUAUGUGUCACGUGCAGCACGGACGCUGUAGUCUUGCUGAGUAACAUCAUUGACCUACUGACAGGUCUUCGGAACAAGUUGUCAGUUAACUUGGAUAACGAUUGUAAAACAACCGGUAGACAAACAAGAGCGUGCGACGGAUACAAAAAUAGGGAUGUCGACAGGUAUACCAUCGAUGGAACAUCUAUCAACAGUAAUGAUGACGUGUCGAGGCUCAGCACCAUCAUGACGUCGACGGUUCUAGACUCCCUAAGCAAACUCGGGUCUCCCAGCUCAGGGUCUCUGAACACAACAGUGGUUCCCAAAAACCCUGUAGGUGAUUCGACCCACGUUAAGAGAGCCCAAAAGAACCAGGCAUCACCGCCUAAGCCGAGCAACCCAAGUAUUGCUGUACGGAAAAUAACUGGUGAUUUGGUCGCACAGUCUACCCCCAAGACUGUUCGUCCGGUCAAUAAAGAGCCCAAGACUCAAAAACGCACACUGACUUCCAAACAACAAGUUAUUAAACCUGAACCCACCGCGAAACCUGGUAAAUUAACAACAGUUCGUGACGAUUCUCUCAUUAUCAUGAACCUCGUUGACAAUCCUGACCUUCCUCUCAGUCUGCAGGACAAAAAUGACAGGAUGCUCUGGGGUGAGUUGAACAAGAAGCUCGAACUUCCUAGAAUAGAGCCUUUGACGGUCAUUCGGCUCACUCGAGGAAAGGCUUCUAAGCAUCUAAACCACCCGAGGCUUCUUCGAGUAACACGUAAGAAUGCUACCGACGUAGAGGACGUUUUGCUAGCAAGUCACUUGCUGAAAUCCGAUGGUAACGUAAGAAUAUUGCCCGACAUACCGUACUCUGAGCGCAAUAUCAUACGGAACAUCCCUAAAGAAUCUCGCGAGAAGUUUUUCCGCGGAAGAAACAUAAUUGUGCAAGGUAUACCGAAAAAUGCAGACCCUACUCAAUCAAAUUCUGACAUCAGGGAAUGGAAAUUCAUCAAACAGUCCCUGAGGCUAAAACACAUACUGACUCAGCAUGUAACGAGCUGCAAGCCACCUACAGUAAUCAAGAACCGUACCCUUUGCCUGCUAAGCCGCAAAAGGCACUGUUGAGCGGAAUACAAACGAACUGAUAACGACGGAGCGUAUAGGUAAAAUAAACAAAUAAGGAACAUAUGCACGAAGGCUAUAAGAGAAGACAGGCUUCAGUACCAGACAAAGCUUAUGGACAAAUUUGCCUCUAACUCUAGAAGCCUAUUACGCUAUGCAGCCUCUCUUCGUCAAGCCAAAACAGGAGUUUCUCAACUGCUAGGUAUUAACGGCCCGACCAACAACGAUGGCGAAGCCGCUAACCUUCUGGCGGCACAUUACUCUCAAACAUUUCAACCGGCUGACAUCAACUUUACUGACGACAGUUUCAUCUGCAAUUCCACAGGACUUCCCGAAGUAGACCUAAGCGCUGACUUGGUGUUCCGCAAAUCGCAGCACUUAAGACUAGAUACUUCUCCUGGCCCGGAUAUGGUUCAUCCUGCCAUACUGAGGGAGGCAGCCUCAAUCCUGGCAACGCCGCUUGGAGUGAUGUUUUCACACUCGCUAAGUCGAGGCAAAUUACCGGAAAAUUGGAAGUUGGCUCACAUCACACCA